AUGCGAUACUCUACUGCUGUUAUUCUGACUUGGGCUGUUCACAUUGCCACCGCAGCAUGGCAUCGUAAUGCGAAGGAUACGCAGUACACUAUCAAGGCAGCCAAUAUUGAGGCAAAGUUUAUCACUUACGGUGCUUCAAUUACCAACUUGUGGGUCAAAGACAAAUCGGGUAAUGAUAUCGACAUCGUUCUUGGUUAUGACGAUAUAGAUUUCUAUCCUGAGGACAAAAGUCACCCCGUCUACAACUCCAUACCUGGCCGAUAUGUCAAUCGCAUCGGACACGCUCAGUACUCCAUUGACAACGUAACGUAUCACACCGAGAAGAAUGACGGAAACAAUACUUUACACAGCGGGAACAACAAUUGGUCUUGGCGCUUUUGGGACGUGACCGCGGUCUCCGGCGAUAGCAUCACAUUCUCUAUUCUGGACAAGUCGAACACCUCGCUCAACAUGAUCGGUGAUGUUCAAGCAAGCGUAAAGUAUACGGUCACACCGAACAAACUGGACAUAAAAAUGUUUGCCAAAUCGCUGACCAGGAAGACCCCCCUGAUGCUCACACACCAUACCUACUUCAAUCUAGACGCCUACAAGGAUCCGCGGACGCCAACGAUAUGGAACUACACCUUGUCCAUGCCGUACUCCGAGCGCUACCUUGAGAUUGACGGUGGUGCUCUGCCCACUGGAAAAAUCUUGACCGCUGCUCCCGGGUCCGUCAAUGAUUUCGCAUCUGCUUCCAAUAUCGCGCUUGGACACUCUGCUUCGGACCCGAGCUUUGUUGGCAACUGUGGCAGCGGCUGCAACGGAUAUAACGGCUACUGGCUGUUUGACUCUGCGCCCAAAGACGCUGCAGUUUUGACUCUGGCCUCAAACUACAGUGGUGUCAAAGCCGAGCUACGCACCAAUCAGCCCGGUGUCCAAUUAUACAGCUGCUGGUGGAGCGAUGGAACUGCACCACUGAAAGCCAGCACCCAGGGGCUACCGGGCAGGUCAAACGUCACCAGUGGCAGCUGUCUCGCUGUUGAGGCACAGGACUACGUUGACGGGAUAAACCAGUAA